AUGGAAAAUGUAGGUAGUUUUGGAGAUUUUAUUGUUGAUGAACUAGGAGGUGGAAAAUUCUGCUCACAAAAAUGUGAAAAUGAACGUGAUGAGAAAGAAGAUUUAAAGGCAUUAAGAGAAAUGAAAAGGCAACAUAAACUCUCUCCACAUUUAGUAACCCCAUUAACUUUAGAGCAAGAAAAAUUAUUAAAACAAUUGGAAACAAAAUACGAAGGAAAUGAAAAAGAAAAAUCUUCAUUUCAAAGAAGAAUAGAAGGGAUAGCGAUUAAGCAUCCUGUUCAAUUACACAGAGAAGUAAACGAAGAAGCAAAAAGAGAACUUGGUUAUGAAUUUGCCAAAAAAGAUAUAGAAAAACUAUUAGAUUUUAUGAAGAAAUUGCUAAGUAGCAGAAAUUAG